CAUAUAAUACAUGGAGACAUGACAAAUAUUUAUUGAUUAAACUCGAAUGAAGCUCUAUUCCAUAUAUUUCCUACGGUUUACUCUCUGGAGUAUAGCCUGCUGCGCAGUGGCGUAAAUGAUGCGAGAAUGGCUUCGACUACUCCUAUGUCUCCGUUCGCCAACCGCCCACUCGCUAUCAAGGAGAUUGUUAGUGAGGCAGAGGGUUUUAAGUGGGAUCCUGAUAUACCCAUGAAAUUCUGGCUGCGCACCGCCAACAUGCUAUUCCUUGAGGGAAGAAGCUAUUUGAGUGAUGGCAACUUCGCUCAAGCCUAUCUCAUCUACAUGCGAUACUUAGACCUCGUCACGAAUAGACUGCCCAAGCAUCCCGAUGCUAAAAACCCCGAGGAAAGGAGAGCUCUCCACAAACUAUACAAGUCCCUUGGAGAUGUCAUGUCCAACCUCGAGAAGAUUAAACCAAUCAUCGAGGACAAUUACAAUGGAUGGCUGGCACAUUCGAAGAAACAGGGCCGCCAAAAGCAGGAGGCCAACCGGCCCCAGCCUCAUUCGCCAUUGGCCUACGAAGAGCGCGCAUCCCGAGACCCUGCCCUGUCUUCCACACAUCGAUUGCUCGAUGCUGGCAAUAACAGGGAUCUUGCAGUUGAAUUGGCUGAGAGAGAAUUUCGUCGCAGGGAUACCGAUAGGGGGGCGUCUAGAAAUAUUGGAAUAUCGCACGAGGAUAAGCAAUCCAAACGCGAUAUGAGCUUCUGGAACAACUGGACGAACGAGCUAGCUGAUAGGCAAGCUGAAGACGAGGAGAUUUUCCGAAAGAAGAUGGAGUCAACGAGAAGGGCAUUAGAUGGAGACGAGAGUGACUACGCAAACGAUAUUCCGCGAACAGACUCGCGGCCUCUAGCGGCGACGAGUCCUCUGACAAACUAUCGAUACCCGUCUAUCGCUCAAUCUCAGCCUAUUCGAUAUGAGCCUGACCACGUUCAUGCUAGGAAACCAUCAGCUCCUCAGCCUCCUCGUCCGCCCAAGGAAGAUAUCCUUCGCCGGCAUGAAAUUAGUCCUAGUCGUACUCCUGUGCCUGAGCUGCCCGCCAAAGUGCAGAUAUCUCCUGAGAGGACGCUCCUAACUCCCGAAACACCCCAGGAACUUCCUACGCCCCCGCCCAAGAUACGUGAGCCGUCCCCCGUACCCCAGGGGCAACAGCGUCUUACAUUCAAACCGGCGGCUUACCUGGAGAGCGGUGAACCACUCCGUUCUGUCUUUUUGCCUAGCCAAUUACGUCAUAAAUUCCUAUCCAUCGCUGCGGAGAAGACGCGGCGUGGGCUCGAGAUGUGCGGUAUCCUCUGCGGAGCCGCCGUUAAGAACGCCUUGUUCGUGCGUUGUCUAUUGAUUCCCGAGCAAACCAGCACCCCAGAUACUUGCGAGACGGAAAAUGAAAACACGAUGCUAGAAUACUGUAUGAAUAACGAUCUGAUAAUAUUAGGUUGGAUCCAUACGCACCCCACCCAAACCUGCUUUAUGAGUUCGAGGGACCUGCAUACACAGUCUGGUUACCAGAUCAUGUUGCCGGAAAGCAUAGCUAUCGUCUGUGCCCCGAGCUUUGAGCCUUCUUAUGGCAUAUUCCGCCUCACCAAGCCUCCUGGCUUAGACUAUAUCCUUGGUUGCACACAGAGCAGUACUUUUCACCCACAUGCUAUGGAUAACCUCUAUACGAAGGCGCAGUCUCCACCGGGUCACGUUUACGAGACUGAUAAGUUGGAAUUCGACGUGCACGACCUCCGACCAGGCGCCCGUAAUAGCACCGUGCAUCACAAGAGCUUUUAGGACAUGAUGUCUAAUGGGAUGGGUUGUGGCGCGCAAGCAUGUGCUCUACUCAUAUGCGCUCUAUGCGCCCUCUGCUCGUGGGGAGCGAAUAGGUGGCCGGAUAGACCGGGAUCCAAUCAUAGACGCAACAGGGUAAAAUGAUUGGUGUGGCUUUUUUGUUGUUAUUUCUUGCCUGAUAUUUUGGGUCGUUGCCACCUGAUUAGCGCAGCAUGGACGGGGGCUCACAACUGCAU